GUCAAUGUCUAUACUAUAUUCAAGGAAAACUACAUUUCUAAAUGUUAAAUCAUAGUGAAAUUGGACAUAUAACAGUCGUAGUAGUCAAAAUUUGUUGAACAAUCUUUGAAACUGAAUUAUUAUUUUUUUUUUUCGAAGUUAUUCUAAACCUAUCUCUUUACCAUUUUUCUAUCCCAAAAUCACAUUCAAAAAAGUGUCGAACACUGCAUAAAGUGUCAGAUAGUUUGAAGUUUCACGAAACAUGUUUUCGAAGAAAACCAUUAGAUAAUAGGCAAUAUGUUGGUACAAAGUUUUAUUUACGAAAAAUUUAGUUCGUAUUCUUCUCUUUCCAUUUAUAUACGUUCAGUUUUUUUUAGAACAAUUCUGGAAGAAAAACUAACUCAGUUCAAGAGACUGUUGAAAAACUUUCUGUCUAGUAUUGUAACAAAGUUUUAAUGAAUGAUGACUAGUAUUUAAAUUGAGAUCCAUCUUCAAAUCUAAUGAAAGAUAUUAAGAAAGACUUGAGUUUUUUAUUUUAUCUUGAAAAAAAAAACAAGGAAAUUAGUAUAUUAUUAUGAAAUCUAAUGUAGUUUAUUCUUCUUGAGUAGAAUAUAAUCAAGAAUUUUUCUUAUUUUUAAAAGGUAUGAGUAAUCGAGAAUCGGAUCAAAUGAAAUAUUUACAAACUCAAAUGGAAACUAUGAAACAAGAAAAUACACAAAUAGACGAACAGAUCAUAACAAUAACUGAUCAAUGUAAAGAUUAUCAAAAUCAAAUAGAGCAACUUCGUCUUCAACUUGAUCAACUUGAACAAGAAGCUAAAGCUAAAAUACCAUUAGACACUGUCACAUCGACAAUAAAUCCACCUGCUGAAUUUGCUAAUUUUGAUCAAUUUAAUGCUAAUAUGUCUACCAAUGAUUUAAAUAAUCAAUCUUCUGAUGUAUCUUCAUCAUUAUCUUUCAUUCCAACAACUACAUCUCUUCCACUUACUGUUGAUGUCGAUCCAUUUCAAACAGUUGAUCCAUUUGCUUCUCAUUCUGAUAUAAGUGUAACAACAGCAAAUAAUGAUUGGUUUCAACCAUCAAAAGAUAAUCAAAUUUCAACAAUAGUUGAUCCAUUUCUUCCGAAAAGUGAACCAACAGAAACUUUACCUGUCAUAGCAUCACCAAGAAUCAAGAAAGCAGCACCAAAAGCAAAUCCUAAUAAUAAAAUUACAUCAAAAACACCAUCCAAUAUUGAUCCAUGGGGAGAAUCAACAACUACAAAUAAUCAUGGAAGUGAUUGGGCACAAUUUAAUAGUCAUAAUAAUACAAGUUCACCAUUUGGCGCAACAACUGAAUGGCCACAAACAAUAACUGUUUCUAAUGAAAAUUCAUCAACUGGCACAAUUCAAUAUCGUGCAUUGUAUGACUACGCACCUGAACGUCCUGAUGAAAUUGCUAUAUCAAGUGGUGAUAUAAUUAUGGUUGAUCCAAGUAAACAACAAGAUGAACAUUGGCUAUUUGGUCAAAUUGGUAAUGAUAAACAAGGAUUUUUUCCAGUAGUCUAUGCUGAACGUAUAACGUAA